AUGGCCAUUGCCGCGACCAACAGUCAGUCCAGAUUGCGACUGCGGCACAUCCCUCGAUGGGAGCCAAGUCGAAGUAACGGCAACAUUGCCAGGAAGAGGAAGUCCACGCCCACUGGACCGUGGGGGCCUAUUGAUUCGCGAACAGCCGGAUUCAAAUGUGCGUUUGAUCAAAUUCUGCACUACAACUGGCUGCCACCUCCCAGCGACGUGCGAGCAGAAGCAGUGGAGCACAAGUUCAGCAAUAUGGAACAGACAAAACCAAGUCCACGAAAGAACUCAACGGUUCGCAGUGACAAAAUCAGUGAACGAACAGAAACUGGGGGCAAACCGAGUCGUCUUCAACAGGUGGGAGGACUGUGCCGAGAUUUAGCUGAGCAUUUUUUGCGCUUCAAUAUCACAUGGCUUGACUCACAGAGCAGUGAUUACUCCUUGAAUGUCGGCACCGACAACUUCGUCCUGGCCUCGGCCUCGAAGGCCAGAGCUGCGCCUAUUAGUAGCAACCAAUCAGAUCACAGCAUGGCCACUAGACCAGCAAGCCAUAGCAACACUACAUCAAAUCGUAGCAGUGUCCACCCAGAGAGGACCACAGUGAACCUUUCGGUCCAUCCCGCGCUCGCACGCGCCGACACAGGGAAUAUCAGUAUUGGACAAUUAACCAGGAACGAUAUCGAGGAUGGAGCUGCAGAGGAAGUCUUGGUGCAGACGCAUAGAUCUACUCCGGAGCUGUCGGGCGAGUUAUGGACCGAUAGCGACCGUCGUGUGCUGAACGAGGACUGCAUU